AUACAGCCUUCUCGGUGUUAGUGUUGGCUGAGGCUACGGGUUUUGCUAGUCGUCCAAAAUUUAGCGGAGAGAAGAAUUGAGAGCCAACACGGAUUUUCUUUGGGAUAAGCGCACAGGCCUCGCUGCUAAAACGAUGCCCCAUUCUAGGCGGUAUGCAUCGUCAGAGCGGGCCAGCCGCAGCAGCUAUCAAGAUCGCUAUCGCGAGCGUGACCGAGAGCGAGGGAGAAAGCCUAGACACCGGCGCUCACGAUCCUUUUCCUCAAGCAGCGAGCGAGAAAGGAGGGGACGAGGACACAGGCAGGAGGGCACCUAUGCACGCUCCAGGAGCUACAACAACCGUUCUGUAGACAGGAGGCCUUACGACAGACGCUACGGUGAAGGCUACCGGCGGCAGGAGCACGAACGAGAAUGCAAUCGUGAACGACUGUCCCCGGACAACUACCACUCACGCGACCCUUCUACCAGCUAUGACUACCGCCGCACGCACCAACGCCACAAAAGCAGCAGGCGUAAGCACAAAAGAAGGCGGCGUAGAACCAGGUCCUAUAGCCCAUCCUCCUCGCGGAGUGCCAGCGGGACGCGGCCACUAUGUGUGAGGGACGACGAGGAGGGCCACCUGAUCUGUCGGAGUGGCGACGUCCUGCAAGAGAGAUAUGAAAUUGUCGGCACUUUGGGGGAGGGCACAUUUGGAAGGGUGAUGGAAUGCAUUGACCAUCGCAGAGGUGGAGCCCAUGUGGCUCUGAAAAUUAUUAAAAAUGUUGAGAAGUACAAGGAGGCUGCUCGACUGGAGAUCAAUGUUCUGGAGAGGAUCAAUGAGCGAGACCCUGAAAACAAAAAUCUGUGUGUACGGAUGUUUGACUGGUUUGACUAUCAUGGCCACAUGUGUCUCAGCUUUGAGCUGUUAGCACUCAGCACCUUUGACUUCUUGAAGGAGAACAAUUACCUGCCUUAUUCCAUCAACCAGGUCCGACACAUGGCCUACCAGCUGUGCCUAGCCGUCAAGUUUCUGCAUGACAACAAGCUGACCCACACAGAUUUAAAACCAGAGAAUAUUCUCUUUGUCAACUCGGAUUUCACUAUAACAUACAACGUAGAGAAGAAGAGAGAUGAGCGUACGGUGAAGAGCACUGCAGUGCGGGUAGUAGAUUUUGGCAGUGCGACAUUUGACCACGAGCACCACAGUACAAUCGUCUCCACCAGACACUACCGUGCACCUGAGGUUAUUCUUGAACUGGGUUGGAGCCAGCCUUGUGACGUGUGGAGUAUUGGCUGCAUCCUUUUCGAGUAUUACCUGGGCUUUACACUUUUUCAGACUCAUGAUAACAGGGAGCACUUAGCCAUGAUGGAGAGAAUAUUGGGUCCCGUCCCUUCCAGGAUGAUCCGCAAAACAAGAAAACAGAAGUACUUUUAUCGUGGACGUCUCGACUGGGAUGAAAACUCCUCAGCAGGAAGAUAUGUUCGAGAGAACUGCAAGCCCUUGCGACGAUACAUCUUGUCCGAGGCUGAGGAGCAUCACCAGCUGUUCGACCUGGUUGAGGCCAUGCUGGAGUAUGAGCCACCAAAACGCAUCAGUUUGGCAGCAGCGCUCAGGCAUCAGUUCUUCCAGAGUCCCAUCAAUGCUGGCGAGCAGACAUCAGGAAAGCCUUGGGAGGCCAAUCGUGACAUUAGCCGGUGACCUUUGCCUCUACCUGCCUUAGGUUUUUGCGCCAAAAAAAAAAAACUCUUCACAUUUUUGAGAGGCUGUGAACAAAGUCAGUGUGCAACAACAAUUGGGGUUCACCUGGGGAAACUGAUGAUAGUUUUUUUUUUUUUUUUUAAUUUUCAGACAUCCUAACUGACCAAGUAGUUUUAAGGGUUGACCGAGUUGUCAGGUUCUACUUUGUCAGUUUUACAGUGGUUUAAGCAUGACGCAGGACUUUGUCUUAAGUUGGAACCGGUUACAAUAGUUUCGUAUUUACUGAGCCCACAGGUAGAUUUAUGUAGUCUUCCACACAUCAGGGACAAGAUGGAAAGAACGUUGUCCAGACAAAGUACAUGGAGAAGUUCAAAAGAUCUAAUGUGGUGUUGCAGAGAUAACCAUCUCUGAUUUUGCAUUGGGCAACAUCAUGGAGUCAUAUCUGUUAUAGCAAAACCCUAAAAGGUGUUGGUUUUUGUUGUUUGUUGGUUUUUUUUUUUUUUUCUAGAAGCUUUGGAAAAACAUGAAUGUGAAAACAUGAUAAACACCAAACUGGCUGCAUUGUUUCCAUUGUAAUUGGACACGGAGUCUGAAUCAUGGUUUCUUACUUGGUCAUAUUUUUAUUGGACAGGCAAUAGGAUGUUUUGGCAUACACACUCCUUGAUCCUAGAUUUGUCAGUUGCAUCCAAACAGCAGCUACACAAGCUACUGUUCUAUGUAGCUUAGUGUUGUUUUUUUUUUUCUUUUUUCAGUGUGACUUUGUGUACACACACGCACGUAUUUUCUAUUGAAGCCUUUUGUCCAUGUAAUCAACCACAGGACUUUUGUGCGCUGUGUCCUCCUUGCCAGCACAAGUUUACAGUAUUUAUUUAAAUCAGCAUUAUUUUUGUUUUGUGUUUUUAUAUGAAACUAAAUGUGUAUAUCUGUAUAUACAAAUAUGUAUCUAUAAGCUGUAUAGAAUAAAGGCUCUCUGUCUGCCUGCCUGGCAUUUGUUGAAGUCAUGGCAGCUUCUCAGGCAGAAAACGGAA